AUGGCAAGUUGGGAUCCCACACUCCUAAGGACGACGUCGCAUCGACUCGGUCAGUUACAAGAACGCAAGGACUCCCAGAGCCAGAUUACACGCCGGGACAUCGCCACGCUACUGCACAAUGGCAACGUCGGGCUGGCGCGGGCUAAAGCCCAGAAUCUGAUGUGGGAAGACAGGAUGGGCGAUUUACUGGAGGUCCUAGAGAUGUGCGUGUGUGUCGUGCUGGAGCGUGUGGCCGAGCUGGAGAACGGGAAACAACUGAGUCCGGUAACUACUGAGGCCGCUUCGACUAUCGUGUACGCUGCACCGAGUGCCGAGUCAAAAGAUCUCAGUCUGGUCCGGGACGUCCUCGUACAGCGCCUUGGUCGUACUUUUGCCCAUUCAGCAGUAGCGAAUAGCAAGAAAACCGUCGCCAAGCAGGUACUCGACAUCCUCUCAUCUUCCGCACCUACAGCAGCCCAGAUGGACGCCUGCCUCGUCAAAAUAGCAGAUACUUACAACGUCAAAUGGACUCCCCAACCUCGCCGUCCCGACAUUUUGGAUCAACUCUCGGAAAUCCUGGAUUUGGGUUCUUCUACCGUUGUCGAUCUUUCGCGUCUGCGGAGGCUAUGUUCACACGGUCUUCCUGACGAUCCUCCAUGGAUUAGACCCCGGAUAUGGAGGUUGCUUUUUGGUACGCUUCCGGUCUCGAAAUCGACUUGGGAGAAGGAGAGCCAGAAGCAGAGGGAGAGUUACUAUGAUCUCGUUAGGCGAUUGCUCGGGCCACUCUCAAGUCUUCCGCCCCCAACGACGCCACCUGCGCGUACCGACGCUGCCAUUCUCAAAGUAUCCGAAUCGCUGUUCCAUUUACCAUUCGAGCUGUUCUCACGAUUGGAGGAUGAACCAGAGAAUUUUACGUUGUGUCCUCUUGACGAAGAAGCAGAAGAAGCUAUCAAAAUCGACUGUGCACGCAACCUCGACGUCAGGCUAGAACUUAUUCGCAGGGGAAAUACUGAGCCAGAACUACAAGCCAUUCCUGAAAUUCGACUCGAACAUGAAGUCCAAGCUGAACCACCUGACCAAGCUUCGGGCUCAGUCCUUCGUUUCAGCCGCCUGCGCAUCCGCAAACAUCUUUCCGCACUCUUCCGCCUUCUUUACUUGCACAUCUGUCUCAACCCUGCAAACCAAGCACCGCAUGUACCAGCACUGCUCAUUCCGUUAUACUCGGCUCUCACUCGAGAAAUCGAACCAGCUGAUGCUGCCCACGCAGAAGCAGACACGUUCUGGUUGUUUGAGGCGCUGGUUGGAGAGCUCGUCGAGCUAGAGGAUGAACAAGGUGGUAAGGUGUGGAUGCGGAGGUUCAGCGAACGAUUGGCCAACGCGGACGGAGAGCUAGCAGAGAAUUUGGUCAGCUCAUCCUUGGCUUUUCUCUUUUGUGAUGACAGCCGUUGGCUCUCUACACUGUUGACCCAAACCCUGCCCUUGCCGGCCGUGUUCCCCGUUUGGGACGUCAUUUUUUCAUGUCCUAUGAGAACCCGCAACUCCAAUCCCAAACUGGAUUGUCUGGUGGAUAUAUGCGUCAGCCUUCUCAUCCGUGCAGCGCACGCCGUUGUUCCGGUAGCGAUCCUUUUGCGUUUGCCUGGUUCUGCUAGUCAACGUCGUUUUUACACUGAUUCUUGUUUCCUCAGACUCGGAAAGCAAAAUCGUCAGACACCAAGUCUGUGGUCGUACGAGCACGCAGCACUCCCCCCGCCGUCCCCACUUCGACCGUGGGAACUCAGUGAUGCGUUCAUGGAAGGCAUGGCGCUUCUUCAAGCAUACCCGAUCGAUGCUGCAGGCGGUAUCGACCGCGUGCUUCAGACCGCGUUUGAUGUUUCGCAGAAACGACUCGAGGAAGAGGCCAUGAGAGUACAGAAGGCGGAUGGGAUGACGCUUGGCGCGCGGCUUAAAGCGACGAUGUGGAAGGGCCUUGGAACGCCUCUUACGGGGAACGAUGGGGAGGAGCGAGAGGAAGAGUCGGAUGAGGAGGAGACCACAGAGGGCGACAGUGAGCAUGACGAUGGAAACGAGACGGAAACGCCGGGGGCGAAGUCGUUGACGUCCAUGUUUGCGAACACGGUGUGGAGGGAUACCGUCUCCCACGACGCCAUCGUCCCCUUCCCCUCGCCGCCCUCCCUGGCGGAAGAAGAGAAACAGCAGCCAUCGGUUCAGCCCGUUCAGACGGCUCUGUGGAACUACGCUGGGAAGCUGAAAGACUCAGACACUAUUGCAGCCUUUUCCAAGGUCAGCACGAAUUGGCGCGCUAAGGCCAUGAAUGCGUGGAGUUCACGGAGGGGUAGUAAUGCGUCUUCUUCGGUGAUGGACGUAUCAUCACCCAGAAGUACCUCUUCAGAGCUGGCACCUCCCAAGGGUACCUGGUUAGAUAGCGAACCUGAGAGGCUUCGAGAAAGAGGAUCCUUGUCUGGAACAGAGACAGGCAAAUCUAAAGAUCCCCCCCGUCCUGCUUUCUUCCGCUCGCCCCGCGAGAGCUUCCUCCCGCUACCGCGGAGACAAGCUUUGACUGAACCAUCUAGUCCAAGUCCAGAACUUUCGCCUCGAUCAGAUAAGGCGUUUAUUCAUAAAACAAAAGAAUCCCUGGCCUCCAUUGCAUCGUUACAAACGCGCCCUGCCCCUCCCACAAAGAGCGCACCGCGACCACUACUGUUAAAUUCUCAGACGUUGAUGAUCUCGAAGAAGUCUCCGUCAUCGGGGCUUUCGGGCGGACGUACCCCGCCAUCUCACAUGCAACAGUGGUCAGAUGCACAUCUCCCGAAGGGCCACGCGACGCGACAAGAAUCCGUAUCGUCGAUCUCGUCGCUGUCACUGUCAGAGGUGUUCAACAAGACAUACUCUCGUAGCGCAGGUGCUCGAUCCGACUACGAUUCAGAUGGGAGCAGCCGGCGCGUUCCUUUGAACCGGAAGUCUGUAUCGCCGAUGGCGCUCGCAUCACGUUCGCCACGUCUGCCGUGGGGCGUGCUAUCCCCAGCGCAUUCUUCAGACACAAGUAUCUCGAGUAUACGAGGGCUUCCUCUUGCGAGUGGAAGUAUUGCAGAGGAAACGGCACCUGAGCGCGGAUGGCGUCCUGCCGAUGGCCCCGACUCUCCCACAACGGUCCCGUCGCCACCCAAUCCACCUACACCACUCAACCAAUACACGACACCCGUCCGCAUAAAUGGGAUUGACCGCGUAGCGAUAGCUGCGGGUGACUCGGGACAUGCAUCGUUGGAGUUGCCGGGGCGGAGUGGUGCAAUCGUGAGGAAGCGAACCCCUCCCCCUGUGCGUGCCGGGAAUGAAGUAGAUGAUACCUCCGACUCGUCUAACGCACGCUUGCGCUCGAAACGCUACACGGCACGACCUGCGAACCUCCGGAUACGGGAUACCUUGAAGCCAAAUACGACGACGGUCGUCGAGCAACAGAAAGGUGCAAGUCCGCGGUCGUUAGCACCGCCGGAGUGGCCGGAGGAGCAGGAACUUACACCGCGGGCAGGGAAUUUCGGGGCGACGUCUCCGGUGUCGCCGCGUCGGUCUCCAGCCAGGAAGAGCUCUCACGAUAUGAAUGAUAUGCAUGGACAUGUGCGUACGCGGAAGGUGUCUACUGGUAGCCGGGACAGUGCUGCAGAGGAAGGUGACGAUGAAGGCUACGACGGAUUGCUUAGUGCAUAUGAGAGCGAGGAAUGA